UGAAAAUCUUCCCGUCGUCUCCCGAAGAAUCAUGCAGCACCUCCGCUCGACCGUGCUCCGCGCCGCCCGCCACCAGCUUCGCCGCCCCAUCGCCGCCCGCGCCCUCCCGGCCCGUGCGACGUCCUUCGUCCCGAGCAUGAUGAACGUGCGUGGCUUUGCCAACUUUGCCGCGGACGAUGAGGAAGAGUUUGACUACAACGGCUUUGACUUUGGCGACGACGAAGACGAGGACGAUAAGGUCAAGUACCCCGCCCAGAAGGCCUUCGUGGGCCAGGUCGCGCCCUCGUUCACGGCGCCGGCGGUCAUCCGCGGCGACAUUGACGAGCUCUCGCUCGAGAGCUACCGCGGCAAGUACGUCGUGCUCUUCUUCUACCCCAAGGACUUUACGUACGUGUGCCCGACCGAAAUCAUUGCGUUCAACGACCGCGCCGCCGAAUUUGAGGCGCUCGACACGCAGCUCAUCUGCGCGUCGAUCGACUCGCCCGAAGUGCACUUGGCGUGGACGCGCCUCCCGCGCAACGUCGGCGGCCUCGGCAAGAUGAAGAUCCCGAUGGUGUCGGACUUGACCAAGUCGAUCGCUGCCAAGUACGGCUGCCUCAAGGAAGACGACGGCAUUGCGUUCCGCGGCCUGUACGUCAUUGACCGUGAAGGUGUCGUCCAGAACAUCACGAUCAACAACCUCCCGGUCGGUCGCUCGGUCGACGAAGUCCUCCGCCUUGUCAAGGCCUUCCAGUUCAACGAAGAACACGGCGAGGUGUGCCCGGCCAACUGGCAGCCCGGCCAGGCCACGAUCCAGGCCAACCCCAACGACGCGCAAAAGUUCUUCAAGAACGUCAAGUAAAUCUGCAUCCCUACCUCUCAAUCCCACAUUUUCUUGUGUGAUUUUCGGACA